UGCUAUUGUCGUGAAUAUUAUCAUUUAGUUGAACUCGGCUUGGAUGCUGUGAAAGGUAGUGUUAAAAAUGUUUUUACGUACUUUAUUAGUGAUUGCUGUGUGUGUCAACGUCGGUGGACGGAGUUUGAAAAAUAAAGGUGCCCCGCAAAGGCUCUUAUUUGACGAAAAGAACAAAGACCAUUGGAAUAUACAAGCACAAUGGGUGCUUCGGUCCAAGGUAGCAGCUCCUCUAAACAAGAAAGUGGCCAAGAAUGUGAUCCUGUUUCUUGGAGAUGGUAUGAGCAUCACGACUCUGGCUGCGACGAGGGUCUACCUCGGCCAGCAGCACGGACACAACGGCGAAGAGUUGAAGCUUAGCUUUGAAACCUUCCCUUACACUGGAUUAGCGAAGACAUACUGCGUGGACCACAACGUAGCUGACUCGGCCUGCAGCGGCACCGCCUAUCUCACUGGCAUCAAGGCCAACAGUGGGACAGUCGGACUCAGCGCGGCAGUGAAACGAGGCGACUGUGAGGGACAGAGGAAUGGCGCCCACUCGGUUACUGGACUUAUGGACUGGGCACAGAGAGCUGGCAAAUCAACUGGUGUAGUAACAACCACGAGAGUAACUCAUGCCACACCAGCAGCAUCAUAUGCUCAUUCUGCAGACCGGAGAUGGGAGGCUGACACCGAUCUUCCGAAGAAGGGGCUGCACUGUGAUGAUAUUGCCUUACAGUUGGUCAGGGGAAGAGUGGGCAGUAAGAUUGAUGUGGUUCUUGGAGGAGGGCGAAAGAACUUCUUCCCGAAAUCACAAAGGGACGUCGAAGGCCACAAUGGAUACAGAAGCGAUGGAGCAGACCUCGUUAGGGAGUGGCUUGUUAAGAAGACCUCUAUGGGAGCCCUCCCAAAAUACGUGUAUACUAGGCAACAGCUAUUAGAACUUGAUGUUGAAGAAAACAAUAGUGUGCUAGGUCUAUUCGCACCUGAUCACAUGCCUUAUAGCUUGGAGGCAGAAGACGAUGAUCCAUCUUUAAGCGAGAUGACACAAAAGGCUAUUGAAAUUCUGUCUGCUAAUAAAAAUGGCUUCUUUUUGUUUGUUGAAGGUGGCCGAAUAGACACAGCUCAUCAUGAAACCAAGGCUCGUAAAGCAUUGGACGAGACUGCAGAGAUGGCUAAAGCUGUCGAGGCAGCAUUGCGGAUGGUGGAUAUCGAAGAAACCCUGAUUGUGGUGACCUCAGACCACAGCCACACCAUGACUUACAGCGGAUAUAGCAAGAGAGGCACUGAUAUUCUCGGAUUCUCAAAUAAAAUGAACGCAUCAGAUAACCUGCCCUACACCACUCUGAGUUAUGCAAACGGCCCGGGGUACAAGCCUCAUGAACAAUUCCGGAGACACAACCUUAUGUUGGAUGAUAUAAAUCACCUGAACUAUACCUAUCCGUCUUUGGUGCCGAUUGUUCGGGAGACCCACGGCGGGGAAGACGUCGCGGUCUUCGCUAAGGGACCCUGGUCUCAUCUCUUCACUGGAAAUUAUGAGCAAAACUACCUUCCUCACGCAAUGGCUUUCGCGGCUUGUAUAGGACCUGGGUUGACUACAUGCAAAUAAUAGAAAAUUUAAAUUAGAUUUUAUAAUUAGUGUGUAGAUCUCUCAAGUCCUUUUGAGUAUUCCUGAUGUAGGUAGUAAUACUUAGAAUGAAAUGUCAACAUAGCGAUCAUAAAGUCCAACUGAUGCCAUUAUUAAAUAUUCAUCAAAUUGACACUAAUCGGUACGAGUACAGUUAGGAAUUAACGAUCGUUAAGUUUGCGACUACAGUAUCUCACAAGGCCAUAUUGGAGCGUAAAAUCGUAUGCUCGCAGUUCAAUGUGAUGCAGCUUUGUAAUUCGAUGCUCUAGGCGGUAAAUUACUGUAAUAGAUGACACUAUGCGAGCGACUUGCUUGUCACCUAAUUAAGUUGUAUAUACAGUUAAAACUCGUUCUAUGUUACAUCGCGUUAUUCCUAGUUAAAACAAGUUUUCACUAAAUGCCUUUGUUAAAUCAGAAUUCCCUAGUUAUGACUAGAAUUUACUGUUUUAUAUAUUUUAAUUUUAGGUAAAAUUAGUUCUAACUUUUCUCAAAAUCUACUGAACGGAUUUUUGUACGGUUUUUACUAAAAGAUAGUGCAAUUCUUGAGAAAGGUUUAGCUUAGGUUAGGUUAAUAUGUAAUAAUACGUUACAGCAUAUAAAAACAGACCUUUAACUUUGUUAGAAACAGUUUUGACUGAAUCUUUUUGAAAGACGUGUUUUGUCUAGGUAGAACUAGUUUUACCAGAACGUAGUUUUUAGUAGCAGUUAAUUCUAGAUUUUACAAGGUUUUUAGUGAAAACUAUUUAUAACUAGGGAAAACGCAUUAUGACUGAGAACGGGGUUAAACCGUAGCAUAUACUAAGGGACUUCAAGACUUGUAUUACUAAAGAAUGUAUCCAAAAUUAAACUGACGUAUUUUCAAAGUGCAAUAUUUUAGGUUAAUCAUUUUGGUUUCCUUUCUACCAAAGGCGAACGGUCCAUAUAACCCGAGUCCUGCCGUCUUCCCUUUGGUAAUUUUUGUAAAAUCUUAAAACGAUUGUCAGACCCCUUUUUUGCAUAUCAGUACCUAUACUGUCGUGAUAAGUGCAAAAGCGGUAUGUCAGGAAAACCUAGAGAUAAUCGAAGUUUUGUAAAUAUCGUUUUAUAGUUUUGUAUGUAAAACUGAGAUAGAAAAGUCUGAAGGUUUUUUUUAACAAGUUCUAAACAAGAUACCGUUAUUUUGGUAAGUUCAUUGGAUAGGUAUUUCUUUGAGCUAGCUGACGACAUAAAAAAGAUUUUGUUUUUUUUCAGAUACGUUGUGUCGGGUUAUCUUUCGGAAACCUUCGCCACUGCUUUCCAUAUUAACUGUACAAAAACAUAGUCUAUUUUUAAGGCUAUUAGGUUUUAAUUUCGUCUUCGCAAUUAUAGUAAGUUUAAGCCAUUAAAGCCUGUUUUCAUCUACUAAUAGAUAAUAUCUAAGGCGACGUCUCAUAGCUAACACUAUCGCGUUUACUUUGUCAUUAUAUAUCUCCUUAAUUCGUAAGUAAAACAUUCGUAAGUCAAAUAUGUACAAAUUUUAUUCUAGGAAGUAAAUUCCAUUAAUUAAGUUUUCAACCAGUAGUUUAGUUUAUUUUUGACUUGCAAAAUUAUCCACGUUGUGAUAGAAUCGUGUUGUAGUUAGUUUUACAAUAUGAAGGGGCCAGCUCGACUGAGGUUCUACUACUUUAUUAAUAAGUUAUUCUUCCUCUAUAUUAUGGCUGCCACUGUUUAUUUAUCGGUGAUUUUUCCAAUGUCAAGUAAUAAUAGUAGAUACAAAACAAAAAGAGACUGUAAAGUCAGAUCGUCAUUCCAGUAAGUUGUUGCCUUUCUUGCUGCUGGUGAAAGUGACGUGAUCUAAAAUUUUCGAAAUUCUAACCCUCAAACCUUACCUACAACAAUAAAGGUUGAAAUCAUUUUGUACGAAUUAUUUAUGGUGUAAAAAUUAGGUAGCCAAAGGCCGACUUUCUCCUAUAAUAAUUAAUUUUAAAUCUAGGUUUAGGAAUAUGUUACUGCUAUAUUCUGUGGCUGUGCGGCAAAGUUAGGCUUAAAAAACGGAAUUGAAAACUAGAACAAGUGAAAAAUACAUAUAUUUAUAAUUAGGUAUAUAAAGAUAUCCUAUCACUUUAGAACAUUGCCGCGGAAUAGUUGUACUCUUACUUGACUGACUUUGACUUGAUUGACUUGCUCGGUUUCAAUUUAGGACCUAUUUCAUUAAAAAAUCUAAAUCGUAAUCUUAGAUUUGAUCCUAAAGAUCAAAAUAAAUUUGUAGUAAGUAAUAUCAAAACUUAAUUCUGCUUGAUCCAUUUUUGCUAUCGAUAAAAAAAAAUUGGUAUCGUUUAUUGCAAUCGGCGGGUAGUCUGUACAUAUUAUAAAACAAAGUCCCCUUUUCUGUCUGUUUGUAUGUAAUUGAUUUUCUCCAAAUCUACUGAACGGAUUUUUAUGAUAUUUGGUAUGGAGAUAGUUUAAGACCCUGGCAAGGUUAUAGGACUAUGUAGUGGGACAUUUAUCUCGGAAAACUCCUUCACACGGGCGAAGCCGCGAGUAAAAGCUAGUUAUAUUAUAAAAGUGAUUUUGGCGGAUUUUUCAAUUGUCGGAUGAAAGUUAUUGAUUAUGAUUUCGUAUAACAAUUAUCAUAUGCUUGAACAAUUUUAUUAAUACCACUUUCACGUUUUAAUUUGUUGGGGUUAUCAAACGAAUAUAUAUUAGAUUAUUGAAAAAUCAACCCUAAAGCCUGUUUCACAAUGUUCAAAUAAUGUUUAAUUAACGUAUUACUUUUAAUGUAUAUAGUACUUUUGAUUAUGAUUUAUUUGGGAGCUUGAAUUUGUAUUUGGUCGUUCUAUAAAAAUUGACUAUUAGCCUCAGACAUCGUGGAAUAGGCCUUUAAUAAAAUCAUCUCAAAUCUUUGCUGGUGGUAGGAUAUAUUCUAUAUCCGCCCGAAUAGCGACCUCCGUACACAAGUUAUUAAAAACCGCUAUAGUGGCUCAUGUAAGUGUGUCGCGUUCCGGCAACAGCCUGUGUAUAUCCAGUCCUAACAGGCCGGCAUCAUUGUGACGACUGCCGAGGGGUAAUCAUAUCUCAUCAGUCGAUAUGCUAUUGGACCCCACUCCACUUACCAUGAGGUGUAGUUUGGUCGCUAUGCCGUUUACGUAUCAAAAAUCUGUUAAAGUAAAACUCUUGAAUGUCGAAGUUUUUAUAUUGAUGCUAUUAGUAUUAUUAUGUCUAAGCAAAUUUUGAACGUAAUUUUCAAAGAUUUUAACACGAUUAUACCCAAAAUACUAAUUAGACAUUUAAGUUGUGACUAGUGUUAUUUAUUGUAAGGUUAAAUAAAUCAUAUUUUCGUA